CUUUAACCGAAAUUUGAACAAGUGUUUGCUGAAAAGCCGAAGCGAGGCGGCGGCGGCGGCGGCGGCGAGACGAGAGGGCGAGGCGCGCGCAUGCUCUUCACUCCUAUCCCACUCCCGGCGACCAUGGCUUCUCCCUCCUCCCCGCGGGAAUCGCGGCCCCGGUUCCUCCCCGCGCCCCAUCGACAUUCCCCACCAGCUAAAUCAGGAUAUAGGCUGUGUCUCAAGGAGAGAGAAGAGCUAAAUCAGGAUAUAGGCUCUGUGUCUCAAGGAGAGAGAAGGGAGACGUGCGGGUGAAGGAGCGAGGGAGAGAGGCGGAGAUCGCUGGUGGGUUCGAGUUGGCUGCGGCGGCGGCGGCGAGAUGUCGAUGUCGGGGUCGGACUUCGGCACCGUGAACGAGGACCCUAGGAUCUUCCGCAACAUCUGCCGAGACCGGAUACUCAAGGAUUUGCUCAAGCCGGACAAGGACAAGGAGACCAAGAGCUCAUGGAAGGUUCUUAUCAUGGAUAAAUUUACCGUGAGGAUCAUGGGCUAUGCUUGCAAGAUGGCAGAAAUUACUGAUGCAGGGAUUUCGUUGGUAGAAGAUCUUUUCAAACGAAGGGAACCAAUGCCUUCAAUGGAUGCAAUCUACUUUCUACAGCCACUGAAAGAAAAUGUCAUAAUGCUUCUAUCCGACAUGUCUGGGAGAUGUCCGCUGUAUAGGAAGGCAUACAUCUUCUUUAGUUCACCAAUUCCUAAGGAUCUGGUAACUUACAUAAAAAAUGACAGCAGUGUGAUACCACGCAUCGGUGCACUAAGAGAGAUGAAUUUGGAGUUCUUCACUAUUGACAUGCAGGGCUUUGUAACUGACCAUGAUACGGCACUGAUUGAUUUAUAUGCAAGUGAGCACAGCUCAAAAAAGUUUAACGACACGAUAACCACUAUGGCUACUCGCAUUGCUACCACAUUCGCUUCGUUGAAGGAAUAUCCUACUGUGCGGUAUCGUGCCCCCAAAAGUGCAGACCCUUCAGCAACAACAAAAUUUGACAUGGUUCCAAAAUGGCUAGCUACUGCUGUUUGGGAAAUUGUGUCGAAAUAUAAGUCAACAAUUCCUGAAUUUCCCCAGAAGGAGACAUGUGAACUGCUCGUUGUGGACAGGCCUAUAGAUCAGAUAGCACCUGUUAUUCAUGAAUGGACCUAUGAUGCGAUGUGCCAUGAUCUACUUGAAAUGGAUGGCAGCAAAUAUAUAUAUGAGGUGUCAAAAGCGGGAGAAGAUCCUGAAAAGAAGGAGGCUGUAUUGGAGGAUCAUGAUCCUCUCUGGAUAGAGCUUCGCCAUAUUCACAUAGCUGAUGCUAGUGAGAGGUUGUAUGAGAAGAUGAAUAACUUUGUUACAAAGAAUAAAGCAGCGCAACUUCAAUCAAGAGAUGGUGGUGAAAUCUCAACGACGGACCUGCAAAAGAUUGUUCAAGCUUUGCCACAAUACAGUGAACAAGUUGAGAAAUUGACUCUCCAUAUAGAGAUUGCUGGAAAAAUUAACAGGUUCAUCAGGGAGUAUGCACUCCGUGACCUUGGGCAGGUGGAGCAGGAUCUGGUUUUUGGAGAUGCAGGAGCAAAGGAGGUGAUCAGUCUGCUCAGGUCGAAGCAGAAUAUGAGUCCAGAAAACAAAUUGAGAUUGCUGAUUAUAUAUGCAAUUGUAUAUCCUGAGAAGUUUGAAGGUGACAAAGGGGACAAGUUGAUGCAGCUAGCGAAACUGCCAUCGGAUGACAUGAAGGUAAUAAACAGCUUAAGAUACUUGGUUGGUUCAGAUGCAAAAAAGGCACGAGCUGGUGGUUUUUCUCUGAAAUUUGAUGCCCAAAAGAAGAAAAAUGCUGCCAGAACAGAACGGCAGGAUGGUGAGGAAACAUGGGCAUUGUCACGUUUUUUCCCACUUAUAGAGGAGCUGAUUGAGAAACUGAGCAAAGGUGAAUUACCUCUAAACGAAUAUCCGUCUUUAAGUGGAGCAAGCACUACUGCUCAAGGGACCACAGAAAGUGCAUCGGCACCAAAACCAGCACAAAAUCCACAGCCAAUGUCUAGGAGAUCACGGCGCACACCACAAUGGGCCAAGUCUAAAAACUCAGAUGAUAGUCAAUCAAGCGAUUCUUCAGCAUUAAGACACGCAUCAGGUGACUUCAAAAGGCUAGGCAACAGAAUUUUUGUUUUCAUGGUUGGUGGAGCAACUAGAUCUGAACUACGGACAGCGCACAAGCUGACGAUGAAGCUGAGGAGAGAAAUCGUCCUCGGGUCUUCUAGCAUUGACGAUCCUCCAGAGUUUAUUUCGAAGCUGAAGUCGCUAACCUAGGGACGAUGUUGUCGGUUCACGCGGGCAGGCAGGCAGGCUGAUUGUGGGGUACUUGUAAUAGCUCAUACACUUUUGUUUUCUUUUUCACUCCAUCAAGAAUGUGACCCAUACCGUACAUUGUAAAAUGAGAGACAUGUAUAUUCCACUAGUAGUAGUGAAAUCAAUCCACUACUAUUAAUCUCACUAGGGUUCACCAGAAAUAUGUGACAACUUAUCUGGAACAAGUAUGUCUUUUGUAUGCUAGUGGAACAAGAUUUCACGUCAGAGAAAAAGAAAAUUGUGUCAUA